CUGAACCGCACACGGAGGUCGGGGUCCUACAUCUCCCAGAGUACCCUGCGCCUCUCCCCGGAGGGGACGUAUGAAGCUGGGCGGGGCAUCCUGGUCCCGCGUGCUUUGUGUUUAUUUGGAGGCAAGAUGGCGGCCCCGCUGGAGGUGAUCGUGAGCAGCGACUCCGGCUCGCAGCUCUGGAACUGUACCGUGUUCGACCCGCUGAGCGGCUCCAGCCUGCUGUCGUUCCGGGGCGGGAACAGCGCGGCCCGGAGCCUCACGGUGCUCCGCGGGGAGUUCCUGCUGUCCGCGCAGCUGGGGAAGAACUUCAUCAACGUGUGGGAGAUCCAAAGGAAGGACCAGCUGCAGCAGAAAAUAGUUUGUCCAGGUGUGGUCACCUGUCUGACCGCGUCACCAGAUGGAUAUUUCCUGGCUGCUGGAGUGGCUGAGGCCAUCUACCUGUGGGAGGUGUGCACAGGUAAGCUGCUAUCUGUGCUCAGCCGGCACUAUCAGGACGUCACCUGUCUGAAGUUCACAGAUGACAGCAGCCACUUUGUCUCCGCCGGGAAAGACAACCUGGCGUUAGUGUGGAACCUGUGCAGUGUUGUGCAGAUGGAUUUAAGCCACGCCCCCGAGCCACGUCACAUCCUGUCUCGCCACUCUCUUCCAAUCACAGACCUGCACUGCGGCCUGAUGGGGACUCAGGCCAGGAUCGCCACCGCGUCUCUGGACCAGACAGUCAAGGUGUGGGAGCUGUCCUCUGGUGAGCUGCUGCUGUCCGUCCUCUUUGAUGUGGAGAUCAUGUCGGUCACCUUUGACCCCUGCGAGUACUUCCUCUUUUGUGGAGGAAGUGAUGGAAACAUCUUCCAAGUGUCUCUGUGCAGCCAGAGUCUCAGCAGGGAGAAAUCCUUCCAGUCCGAAGGGGAAGGAAACCAGGUGUUCAAAGGACACAGGAACUUGGUGACGUGUCUGUCUGUGUCGAUGGAUGGGACUCUCCUCCUCUCCGGUUCGCACGAUGAGAGUGUUCGCCUUUGGGACAUUCAGAGUAAACAAAGCAUCCGCUGCCUGGCGCACAAAGGUCCCGUCACCAACGCCGUCAUCAUGCCGGCGCCGGCUAACAUGUUCCUGCCGGACAGCCGGCCGGCCAUCCCCCUGCCGCGCUUCAGCCGCCACCUGCAGAGCGCCGAGGGGGAGGCCGGGGACAACGGAGACGUGUGCGUCCGGCCCGGCCUGCACGCCCAGGAUGAGGAGGAGACACACCUGCAGAGAGCCGAGCGGCUCUACUCGCUGAUGACCGCCAUCACUGACAAGGCGGUGUUUGGUGAAGGAGAAAACACGAAGGUUCGCAUCGCAGAGCUGGAAGAGGAAGUUCAGACUCUGAAGAAGGUCAACAAAGAUUUGUACGAGUUCUCCACACAGCUACUCACAAAGCCCACAUGAACACACACACACACACACACAC